GUGCGAAAUGCAUUGUGGGCAGAAAAGCCGGCUGAAAGCUUCUCGAAGAUACCGCAAAGAUGAUGCCUACACCGGUUAUCCUGCUGAAGGAGGGAACAGACACGUCUCAGGGCAUUCCCCAACUCAUCAGUAACAUCAAUGCCUGCCAGGUGAUUGCAGAGGCUGUCAGGACCACCCUGGGGCCAAGAGGGAUGGACAAACUGAUGGUCGAUGGCAGAGGUAAGGCCACAAUCUCUAAUGAUGGAGCCACCAUCCUGAAACUGCUGGACGUGGUUCACCCUGCAGCCAAGACCUUGGUGGACAUUGCUCGCUCCCAGGAUGCUGAGGUUGGAGACGGCACCACCUCUGUCACCCUCCUGGCUGCUGAGUUCCUGAAGCAGUUGAAGCCGUAUGUGGAGGAGGGUCUCCACCCUCAGACCAUCAUCAGAGCGUUCCGCACCGCCACCCACCUCGCUGUGAGCAAGAUCAAGGAGGUCGCUGUCCCCGUGAAGAAAGAUGAUAAGCAAGAGCAGAGGCAGUUGUUGGAGAAAUGUGCAGCCACAGCCCUGAACUCCAAGCUUAUUGCUGGUCAGAAGGAUUUCUUCUCCAAGAUGGUGGUGGAUGCUGUUAUGUCUCUGGACGAGCUGCUGUCUCUGAAGAUGAUUGGCAUCAAGAAGGUCCAGGGAGGAGCACUUGAGGAUUCCCAGUUGGUUUCUGGGGUUGCAUUCAAGAAAACCUUCUCCUACGCUGGGUUUGAGAUGCAGCCUAAACGCUAUGAGAGUCCCAAGAUUGCUUUGCUCAAUGUGGAGCUGGAGCUCAAGGCUGAGAAGGAUAACGCCGAGGUUCGCGUGAAGUCUGUGGAGGAUUAUCAGGCCAUUGUGGACGCAGAGUGGAACAUCCUCUACGACAAACUGGAGAAGAUCCAUCUGUCAGGAGCCAAGGUGGUUCUGUCAAAGUUGCCAAUCGGUGACGUGGCCACCCAGUAUUUUGCUGACAGAGACCUGUUCUGUGCUGGCAGAGUCCAGGAGGAGGACCUGAGGAGGACCAUGAUGGCUUGUGGUGGCUCCAUUCAGACGUCAGUGGGAGCUUUGACAGAAGACGUCCUGGGACAGUGUGAACUGUUUGAGGAAGUCCAGGUUGGAGGAGAGAGGUAUAAUUUCUUCAGAGGCUGCCCAAAGGCAAAGACGUGCACCAUCAUCCUGAGAGGCGGAGCCGAACAGUUCACAGAGGAGACAGAGCGAUCGCUGCAUGAUGCCAUCAUGAUCGUACGCAGAGCCAUUAAGAAUGACUCUAUUGUAGCGGGUGGAGGAGCCAUCGAGAUGGAGCUGUCGAGAUACCUGCGGGAUUAUUCCAGGACCAUCCCUGGAAAGCAGCAGCUUUUGAUCGGAGCGUACGCCAAGGCUCUGGAGAUCAUUCCCCGACAGCUGUGUGACAACGCCGGCUUCGAUGCCACCAACAUCCUGAACAAACUACGCGCCAAACACGCUCAGGGCGGCAUGUGGUACGGUGUGGACAUCAACAGUGAGGACAUUUCAGACAACUUUGUUGGCUGCGUCUGGGAGCCGUCCAUAGUGCGAAUCAACGCCCUGACUUCCGCUUCAGAGGCAGCCUGCCUCAUCCUGUCGGUCGAUGAGACGAUCAAGAACCCCCGCAGCUCCAUGGAUGGUCCUCCAGGUGGUGCCGGCAGGGGCAGAGGACGCGGGAGACCCCAUGCUCAUUAAGAGGCAGAAGGAACAAAACCCCCAUUUUAGACUGGAAUUGAAAUCUAACUUCAGAGUGAUGAUUGUGUCUUUAUAAAUGUUCAUGUUACAUUGGAACAAAGAUGUUUGAGCUGAAUUUAGAUUUGAAUUCUAGAUAAAAUGAGCUGUUGUGUCCAGUCAUACACAAUUACAAAUGGCAGGUGUGGUCAAAUAAACAAAAGGGGAAAUGGCAAAGUUCACCGUGCGAUCGUGAAUCAUGACAUGUUUGAAUGAUUUCAAAGAUGGCUGACAUUUCUUUUGUAAUGUUUUUUUUUCACCAGUAGUUCUUUUGGUAAUGAAGCUUUGGCUAACGUCUGUUAAACAUUUUACAAACUGUAUUUUACUGAAUGGAAUGAUAUCAGUCCCCCUUGGUUUUGAAGUAAACACACUCCCUGUCACCUUCAGGUCAGGUCGUCUUCUCUGAGCUGAAGGAGCCGUUGUCAUUUCUAAUCCACUUGUUUCUCUUCAAACUGUAACAUGCAAAGUAAAGCACUGAUGGGAUUGUGAGCAGAUGUGUGAACCAUUCUUUGCUUAAGCUGUGUGAAACUAUUUAUUGGAUCAUUCUUCAUCAAUAAAGUCACAGCUGAGAUCACA